AUGGCGGAUAAAUUUCGUCUCGGAUCUAGAAUUAUACGGUUAAUUGGUGGUAAUACUAGUGGAAAAAAAUUCUCGCCAUCUCCCGACGACAGGACGUCCCACAAAGCGUCUUCCAAACCGUCAUGGAAAUCGUCCUCUAAAUCAGUGUCAACCGUAGCACCUCCGAAAGAUUUCCAUGAAAUUCUCGGAGUGGGUCGGGCGGCUACAUUGCAUGACAUCAAAAAGGCGUAUUAUCAGCUGGCCAAACAAUUCCAUCCAGAUAGAAGUACUGUUCAGCAGGGGCCGGGCAGCGACACGGCCGAAAUUAAAUUGAAGUUUAGCCAAAUAACGGAAGCGUACGAUGGUUUGAUGCAGGAAUUGAAAAACCGCAACGACAGUGUAGUUGACUUGAAUCCCGCGCUGUACCGUGAUGUGCAACGGAAGCAUAUGUUGCUACCAAGGGGACAGAAGGAACAAUCGGCAAAACACGGUGCAUUGUUAAACGAACUCAACUAUGAAGAUGCUGUGCUCAGUCUCACCUUCAAGGAGUCAAUAGAAGGUACGGUUCGAGAGCUAACGCUGCCUAUUGGUGUAAAGUGUGACCGCUGCUCGUUUACCGGGUCCCAGUCGGUACGCGGUGAGGAAGGCAUUUGUAGCAUUUGCCACGGUACGGGCAAACAAGUGUAUCAUUCCGAAAGUGGUAAUCUGCUAAUGCCUUGCAAGUUUUGUAACGGUACAAAGCACACACCACAGAAACUAACGUGCCCCAAGUGCCAUGGGAAAGGAAUUGUUAUGAAACAUCACAAACUGACCCUAUGCAUACCAAAAGCCUCACAGAACAAGGAUCGCUUAAAGGUACGCGUACCGGGUGUACAACGACAGUUGAAUGUCAUACUGCACGUGCAAGAUAGUGAUCACUUUCGACGUAACGGACUGAACAUAUACUCGACGGAGGGGAUCACAAUGCUGAAAGCGAUCAGGGGAGGCGAUUUGUCCAUCCGGGGCAUUAACGGGAUCUUCAACAUCUGUCUCGAGCCUGGCACACAGAGUGGUACGGAGCUGCGCAUACCCGGCAAAGGACUCCGUGACGAGAUUCAUCAGGACGUAGGCGAUCAUGUUAUCACUCUUCAGGUCCGUUUACCGAGAAGUUUAACGCCCCGACAACUUCAACUGCUAGAAGAAUUCGAAAGGGCAGUCCAGAGCGAUGCGUGA